GGCAUAUUGACAGCCAUGCGGCAUCCCACAAAAGAAACAACACUUAAUUCCUUAAUCUAUUUCUCCCGAAUGACAAACUCCUUGGGGUGUCAUCCCCAUAGACUAAUGGCUCUCGCAACUCAAUCAGAAACCCGCCACUCAGCAAUAACAGCCCCCUUUUCUCUCCCAUGUGAAACUACAUGGAGGAAUUCUGCCCUCUAAUUCGCCAAAGUAGCGCUAGGAGCGCGGAGUGAGCGGAAACGCGAUCGGGAAAGGGAGCCACAGAGGUUCACGAUGGGCUUAUUCUUCCCACUCU